GAUGACGUACCCGGAGCGACCGAUUCUGAGUUGACUGGAGGGAGCAUGUGGGUCUGCAGCGCGCUCUCAGGGGCGCGAACCCCGGCCCAGUUGAGGCGGGUGCUGCUUCUGGCUUCCCGGCGCUGCGGGCCUGCCGCCGCCUCCUUCUCCGCAUCUGCCGAGCCCUCCCGGGUCCGGGCGCUGGUCUAUGGGCAUCACGGGGACCCAGCCAAGGUCGUCGAACUGAAGAACCUGGAGCUGCCUGCUGUGGGCGGAUCAGACGUCCAUGUGAAGAUGCUGGCGGCCCCUAUCAAUCCAUCUGACAUCAAUAUGAUCCAAGGAAAUUACGGCCUCCUUCCCAAGCUGCCUGCUGUUGGAGGGAACGAAGGCGUUGGACAGGUGGUAGCAGUGGGCAGCAGUGUGAGAAUGGGGGCCGAGCGGGAAAUGGGGCUCUCUCUAAGCUUCUCUUCUCCCGGCGAUGAUGCUGCAUGUAACCCUCAGGGAACCUGGCGGACCGAGGCUGUGUUCAGCGAGGAAGCGCUCGUCGGGGUUCCAAAGGACAUCCCUCUUCCGAGUGCCGCCACCCUGGGCGUCAAUCCCUGCACAGCCUACAGGAUGCUGGUGGACUUUGAGCAGCUGCAGCCAGGGGACUGUGUCAUCCAGAAUGCGUCCAACAGUGGAGUGGGGCAAGCAGUCAUCCAGAUCGCCGCAGCCCUGGGUCUGAGGACCAUCAACGUGGUCCGAGACAGACCUGACAUCCAGAAGCUGACCGAGAGGCUGAGGAACCUGGGGGCUGAUCAUGUUAUCACAGAAGAGGAAUUAAGAAAGCAUGAGAUGAAAAAUUUCCUUAAGGACGUGCCCCAGCCACGGCUUGCUCUCAACUGCGUCGGCGGGAAAAGCUCCACAGAGCUGCUGCGACACUUGGCGCCUGGAGGAACCAUGGUGACCUAUGGGGGCAUGGCCAAGCAGCCCGUCAUUGCCUCUGUGGGCCUGCUCAUUUUUAAGGACCUCAAACUCCGGGGCUUUUGGUUAUCCCAGUGGAAGAAGGACCACAGUCCAGACCAGUUCAAGGAGCUGAUCCUCACGCUGUGCGACCUCAUCCGCCGAGGCCAGCUCACGGCCCCUGCCUGCUCCCAGGUCCCACUGCAGGACUACCAGCGUGCCUUGGAGGCCUCCACGCAGCCCUUCGUGUCCUCAAAGCAGAUUCUCACCAUGUGAUAAGCCCAGAGGAGCCGGAGCGAAGUGGGAGGGGAGAUGGAUGAGCAGGACUGAUUCUGGGCCUCCCAGAUGGGGCCCUCAGUCUUCCUAGGCUGCCUCUCUCCUCACUGUCACUUCUGACUGGGAGAACUGGGAGAACUCUCCCCACUCCAGCCUCCGGGCACCUAAUAAAGUCUGAACUUCCUAAGAACAAACAAACA